AUGGUUGAAAUUGUCCUACCUGCCACUGAGGAGACAGCAGACCUGUCGUCUGAUCACAUCAUGUAUGUGGUUAGAAGACUGAGUCCUUUCACCGAGUAUACAUUUAGCGUGACGGCAAAAAAUAUCAUUGGAGAAGGGCCUUCCACAGAAGUUACAGUGAAAACAACUGAACAAGUGCCCAGCUCUGUUCAGAAUGUGUCCUAUCAGAACCUGACCUCCACCUCCAUCCGUGUUACUUGGGAGCCACCACUGAACCCUAACGGCAAGAUAACUCACUACACUGUAUAUGCACAAAAUCUCCUCACAAACCAGCAAUUACGACAGAUGGCGGACACCACCACUGAAGUGCUCACAGGUCUGGACAAGUACAGCAGUUAUAAGGUACGUGUGGCCGCUUCCACCGCCGUGGGGGAAAGUCCACUGACCGAUGAAGACUACAUCUUCGUUAUGACACUAGAGGAUGAGCCGGAUUCACCCCCACGGGAUCUGGCCGUAGUGAAAACCACCUCCUCCACCACUACUCUCACCUGGUCUCCGCCAGAGAAACCCAACGGCAUCAUCCGCCUGUAUGAGGUCUCCUACACCAACGGCACAUACAGCAACACAGUCAACAGCACAUCGCCCAGUGCCACACUGCGCUACCUGAAGCCAUACACACACUACAAUGUGACUGUCCAUGCGUUUACGCUACACGGACAUGGGAACCAGAUUUCUGAUACUCUACAGAUGCUGUCAGGGGAGGAUGUGCCUGGCAGCCCACCUUACGAUUUGACCUAUGAGAACAUCGGAUCCAGUGAGGUGAAUGUGUCAUGGUCACCCCCGAUUCUCGCAAAUGGCAUCAUCUUGUUCUACAACGUAGAAUACUGGAAUGCCACACACAGUCUGAACCAAACCACACACGUGCCUUAUGUCACCCUGUCCAACCUGCGAAAGUAUGCGCGCUACCGUAUCAGCGUACAGGCCGCCACACUGAUCGGCUUGGGAAACCACACGAGUGAGAUCCUAAACAUCACCACACUGGAGGACGUGCCGAGUGGUCCCGUCCACAACCUCACUGCUACGAUCUAUAGCUCUACGGCUGUAGUGAUCAGCUGGGACCCUCCUCUGGAGCCCAACGGCAGAGUCUUCUAUCAGCUGAGCCUCCAAGAGGUGGGUAUGACCCAUGCGUCCAUCAACCGCACGGUCAACAUCACCAUCACCAAAACUACCACAGACAACAUCUACCUCUUCACCAAGCUCAGGAAGUAUUUUCCCUACAUCAUAAAAGUCACCCCGGCAACCAGUGCUGGAUCAGCUUUAAACCACACUGCAAUGCUACACCUGCGAACAGAUGAAGAUGUCCCAAGUUCUCCUCCAUUGCCUGGAGCUAGUAGGAAUCUCUCCAGCACCUCCAUCCAUGUGUCAUGGUUCCCCCCAGUGGAGGCCAAUGGCGAGAUCAUAGAUUAUGCUGUAGCUUUACAGGGUCCUGGGACCGUCAACAAAACCUACACCACUGAAACACACCUAAUGCUCUCGGAACUCAUUUCAUUUACACCUUACAAUCUCUCCAUCGCUGCGGUCACCCGCAUAGGUGUUGGUCCCUCCGUGAUUAUUCCACUGCAUACUGAUGAAGCAGUCCCAAUGUCUCCACCACGCGAUCUGAUUAUUUUUAACCACACUGUGAAUUCAGUGUGGCUUCAGUGGGAACCAAGUCCAGAGCCAAAUGGAAUCGUCCAGCACUACGGAUUCCGAAUACUCGAACUAAACACAUACACUUUCAGAUAUCAGAACUCAUCAGAUGCAUCCACACAAGCAGAACUGAGUGGCUUUAGACCUCAUAAUUCAUAUGAAAUCAGCGUGUGCGCAUUCACUAGAGCAGGAAAUGGGGAUCAGUACAGCCUACCUGUCAUAUUCACCACCAAUGAAUCAGUGUCAGAUGCCAUUGGGAAUCUGACCUGCUCUGGAUUGGAUUGGAAUUCAGUGUACAUGGAAUGGGAGCUUCCGAUUCAUCCUAACGGAGAGAUUCUGUACUACCUCAUUCGCUCUGGAGAUCUAGAGGAGGAGGCUCAUCCUCUCGUGCUCGCACACACAGUGGCACACACUUUCAUCGGCCUGUCACCUAACAUUUUCUAUGUCAUCAGCGUAGCUGCAGUUAAUUCAGCCGGAAUAGGGGAGGAAGCCAACUGUACUGCACACACUCCGCCAGAGUCAGUUCCUGGUCCGCCCCAGUCGUUGACCAUAAUGGAUGUUACCUCUGACAGUGUGUCUCUAAGAUGGCAGCAUCCCGUCCAUGUUCCUGUUCCUGGUCCGCCCCAGUCGUUGACCAUAAUGGAUGUUACCUCUGACAGUGUGUCUCUAAGAUGGCAGCAUCCCGUCCAUGUUCCUGGUCUGUUGCAGGGUUAUAAUGUAGAGAUUCAGCAAUUGGCAAGAAAUUGUGAGCCAGAGCAGCACAUGGAGUCGUGUGUGGAGAGUGAGCAUGUGGAGUGGGUUGAAGGAGAAACCAGUGGAGUCACACUUUCCCCUCUGCUGAAAUAUAGACAGUACCGUAUCAGACUGAUGGCGUUCACCAGGGCUGGAGCCGGAGAACCCUCCGACUGGAUCCGCACACAGACACUCACAGGAAACCCUGAUGCCCCCCCUGGUGCCAUAUCAGUGUUUCCUUCUCCCACUGGGUUAAAGAUUGUGUGGGACGAACCAUCGGUCAUUUCAGGGCCCACCUCAUACAUCAUUGACAUCGCUGCUUUGGAUGGUUUGGGAUAUAACAUAAGCCUAGUGCGGCAUUCAGAGGAGAUCAGGGUGGUGGUUGUCGGGAACCUGACUGCAUUUACCCUGUACUCUAUUACCAUCACCGCCUUCACGGGGCAGCUUUCCAACGCUCGCACAGACGGCAAAGCAUCUGAACCCAUCCUCGUCAGAACCCUGGAGGACGAGCCCAAAGAUCCUCCCAAAAACGUGACAUUGACAGUGAUCCCAGAGGAAGUGACACGUGUUUAUGUAACAUUCUCUCCACCGGAUGAGCCGAACGGAAACAUCAGUGCCUACCACGUCGCCAUCUAUCGGAACGGACAACUGGACUUCUACAUAAACAGCCUGCCUGUGAUCAGCAACCCUAAUAACACCAUGACGGCCAUUAUAGAUGGACUGAAGGGUGGAUUCAAUUACAGCAUAAGGUGCAUCUCCAGCCUCUUCCCCUACAUGCACAGGUCUCUUUCUCGUUCAUAUACUCACAGGAAAACAAAGAUUGUGUGGGACGAACCAUCGGUCAUUUCAGGGCCCACCUCAUACAUCAUUGACAUCGCUGCUUUGGAUGGUUUGGGAUAUAACAUAAGCCUAGUGCGGCAUUCAGAGGAGAUCAGGGCGGUGGUUGUCGGGAACCUGACUGCAUUUACCCUGUACUCUAUUACCAUCACCGCCUUCACGGGGCAGCUUUCCAACGCUCGCACAGACGGCAAAGCAUCUGAACCCAUCCUCGUCAGAACCCUGGAGGACGCGCCCAAAGAUCCUCCCAAAAACGUGACAUUGAUAGUGAUCCCAGAGGAAGUGACACGUGUUUAUGUAACAUUCUCUCCACCGGAUGAGCCGAACGGAAACAUCAGUGCCUACCACGUCGCCAUCUAUCGGAACGGACAACUGGACUUCUACAUAAACAGCCUGCCUGUGAUCAGCAACCCUAAUAACACCAUGACGGCCAUUAUAGAUGGACUGAAGGGUGGAUUCAAUUACAGCAUAAGGAUUGCAGCUGUGAAUGGAGCAGGUUUAGGACCAAGUUCAGAGGUCCAGGUCACCACAGGUGUUAAAGCACCACCCAAACCGUCGAGGAGGCCACUGGCUGCUCUGAACAACGCAGGUGUCAUCAUCUCUACCUCCAAAACCAUCACCAUUGAGAUGCCUGAAUGUUUCUUUACAGAUGACCAUGGACCAAUCCAAAAAGUCCAGGUCAUUGUUUCUGAACCGGCAGUGAUGGACUACGGAAAUCUGUCCAACUGGAAGAGUGUUUUCCUCUACCCUACUGCGCCAUACCUGACUGACGAGGGCUUCUUGAACCCAAGGUGCUCGGAGAAAGCAGAGCGCAUGAGCACAAACACUAACACAUACAUUAUAGGAGCAGAUGAGAGCUGCCUGUCUGAAGAUGCCAGGACACUUUGUAACGGACCCCUUAAACCCAAAACAUAUUAUGUGUUCAGAUUUCGGGCAACAAACAUCCGUGGGCAGUACACAGACUCUGAGUACUCAGAUAGGGUCAGAACCGCAGAUGACCGCCUGCUGACCAGAGACGAGCAGAUCAUUCUUGGGGUCCUGCUGUCAUUUUUCUUGGCGUUGUUUUUAAUUCUGAUUAUAUACGGAUCUGUGAGGAUCCACCGCAGGCAGAAGGAAGGCGGGACGUACUCGCCACGCGAGGCAGAGAUCAUCGAGACCAAGUUCAAGCUGGAUCAGCUCAUUGCAGUGGCCGACCUGGAGCUCAAAGAGGAGAAGAUUAACCGGCUGCUAAGUUACAGGAAAUCUCUCAAGCCAAUCAGUAAGAAAUCAUUUCUUCAGCAUGUGGAAGAUCUUUGUGCCAACGACAAUGCCAAGUUUCAGGAGGAGUUUGCUGAGCUACCGAAGCUGCUUCAGGAUCUGGCCACAUCAGACGCUGACCUGCCGUGGAAUCGCUCCAAAAAUCGUUUCACAAACAUUAAACCCUACAACAAUAACCGAGUGAAGUUACUAUCUGAGCCAGGAAUGCCGGGGUCUGACUACAUCAAUGCCAGCUUCGUCUCCGGCUAUCUAUGUCCUAAUGAGUUUAUAGCCACUCAGGGUCCUCUGCCUAGUACCGUCGCAGACUUCUGGAGGAUGAUUUGGGAGACCGGGACCAAAACCAUUAUCAUGCUCACUCAGUGCUUUGAGAAGGGCCGGAUCCGCUGUCAUCAGUACUGGCCAGAGGACAAUAAACCCGUUACUGUUUUUGCUGACAUCAUAAUCACUAAACUCACAGAGGAUGUGCAUCCUGAUUGGACGGUCCGGGCACUAAGAGUGGAGAGGCACGGAAGCUAUAUGAUUGUUCAUCAUUUUAACUACACCUCAUGGCCAGAACACGGCGUUCCGGAGUCCAGCUCCACACUCAUCCAGUUUGUCAAAGCGGUUCGCUCACACAGAGGCCAUGACAACACAACCAUCGUGGUCCACUGCAGUGCUGGUGUGGGCAGGACUGGAGUGUUCAUUGCCCUGGAUCAUCUCAUUCAGCAUGUGAGGGAUCAUGAUUUUGUGGAUAUAUAUGGCCUGGUCGCAGAGCUACGCAGUGAGAGGAUGUGCAUGGUGCAAAACCUGGCUCAGUACAUGUUUCUGCAUCAAAGCACUCUGGAUCUGCUGUCUGCAAAAGGAAACAGUCAGUCCAUAUGGUUUGUAAAUUACUCCGCUCUGGAGAAGAUGGACUCGCUGGAUGCAAUGGAGGGUGAUGUAGAAUUGGAAUGGGAAGAGACUACUAUGUAACAGGGACACCGUUUCCUGUCAGUCUGAUGGUUGUGAGGAGACACUCAUUAAAAAUCCAGACACUGGGACUGUGGACCCUGGGGCCAAACACGCUAAGCAAAGGAUAAACGAGGAAUACAAGUACUUCAGAAGCAAACUGGAAUAUUCUCGCCUAAAUGGAUUGUCUCUGUCUCUCAACCUCUCAUUUGCAUCCACCAGACAGCCUCAUCCAUCAAAGUUUUUUUCUAAAGUUCUUCUGUAAUUAUUUUAUCUCGCCCUAGAAUGUGGUACACCACCUACUUAUGGACUCAAAAUGGAUCAGACUCUAAAAAUAUGUCUGUUUCUUAAGGAAGUAGGAAUAUUCAGCAGUCAGGAGUGAGAAAUGACAGGGGUUUUAUGUCCUGUAGUCAAAUGUAUUAUUAAUGCAAUUAUUAGGGAUGAGAGUCAUAAGUAUUUUUUGCUAAAUGGUUCUCUUAAUGAUUCUUUUGGUAAUUUUUUAUUUUAUUUGGACAAAUUAUAAGAUUAUUUUAAACAGAACAGUAAUUUAUUUGCAUGUAUAGAACAUAUCCUUACACCGAGAAUGAAAAUUAUAACUAUAACAAUACAUCUACAACUCCACAUCAACAAAGAAUGACGUUGUGCUUAUUCUAAGCACUGCAGUGACGUUCUGUGAAAAAGUUGCAUUGAUUUGGAAUAUCUGUCAAUGUUUUUAUCGUUUAUCUGGAAAAAUCGCUCUGAAAUAGAUUCCAACGAUACGGAAGUCCAUGCUGUUAUCGUUAAAGUUAAGUGGACUCUGCUAUUCUUUUAAGACCCAUUCACACCAAGAACAAUAUGAACUAUAUUAGCGUCCACACCAACGAACAAUAACGUUCUGUUUUUAUAAGCACGCUCUGCAGUAAAUAUAGUCUACCGCUUUGAAUGCUCGAGCUCUGUGAAGUCGGAUGGAUUCUGAUGGGCCGUCAGUGUUUUAACGUUCAUCUGCUGGAAAUAAUUGUUCUGAAAGUGGUUCUAAAUAUACCGUUUCUCAGUUCAAAACCUAAUUGUUACCUAAAGUUAAGUUAUCGUGUGAACUAGACACGUCCAAACAGCGGGUCAUAUAACGUUAUGUAUUACUGUGAAGCUUUGGAGCGCGUGCUUUACAGUCGGUUGGGGUUUUGUUUAUUUUUAUGGUUUAUCAGCUGGAAAAAUGCCCUGAACGUGAUCCAAACGAUAUCUUUCCAUGGCGUCAUUAUUACUGUUGUGGUCUGGUUUGAGGUCCUCUAAGAAUAAGAUUAGAACGACUUUUAAAACCACCUUAUAGUUAUCGUUCUUGGUGGGAACGGGACAUUAUGCUAGUCUAGACAGUUUAAGAGGUCUGACAUGAGCGAUAAUUUACCCAUAAUGGGAGAAAAUACUGCAUUUCAUACGGAAGUUAAUGUCACGUGUAUGUCUAUGGUGAAUAUUUUUCUAAUCAGGACCUGUAAAGUUUGAAAGAGAUUUUUCACACCGCAUCUAUUCAUAAUCAUCUCUGAAGUUUCAGACAACGGUGCUUUGUCAUUUAUUCAGUCUGAAUGCUUUUGUUUUUGCUACCCACCUGC